AUGCCUGCGAAUCCGAACCUCACCGUGGAAUGGGGAAACGCGACGUUGUUCAGAAACAAGCCUGAUGCUAAGACAUAUAUCGCCAACCUUGUCCAAACUUAUCGCGACACGCCAAGUAGUGCUGCCAAAGCAAUUAUUCUGACCGGUCCACAUAGUAGCAGAUCAGAUCCCAGGCCACACAUCACCGUACGGUAUUUGGACCGCAGAAAUCAGCCACUUCCAAAAGUCACCCAUGUUCACCUACCCAGAGAUGCUCCGGACUACGUUACGAAGAAGUAA